AUGGCGGUGACCUUCGUGAGUUUGCUCCUCCUUUUCCUGGUCGAGGGGCAGGGGCUGAAAUUUUCUGACAAGCAGGACUUCGACUACGACCAUUUGCAAAAGAGCAUUGUACGUAUCGAAACGGUCGGAGCAAGCUUCGACUGGUUUCGGCCCUUCAACCCAAGAGACGGCCUCGUAAGCCUUGGAAGUGGCUUCAUCGUCCAAACGGAGCCGUAUAUCCUGAUUGCUACGAACCAGCAUGUCAUCAAUGAUGCCUUGCGAGUGCAGAUUCAGCUGCUACUUCACAGUCAGGCGAAGUGGGACGUCAACAUCGUGUCUGCAUGUCCCAAGUUUGAUCUCGCUCUGCUCACCCUCAAGUCCGACAAGGAGUUCAAAGCCGACCUGGCCAAGGCAGGGAUCCAACUGGAGGCCUUGACCUUGUCAAAGAAGGUCGCUGAAAUGGGUCAGGAUGUGGUGGCUUUGGGCUUCCCCCUUGGCCAAAAUUCCUUGAAGAUUUCGAAAGGCAACGUGGCUGGAAAUGAGUUCGUCAACAGCAACCUUUGCAUCCAGUCCACAGCACCAAUUUCGCCAGGAAACAGUGGCGGCCCUCUCUUGGAUGAUGCUGGUUCAGAGGUCCUUGGUGUGAACUUUGCAGGCGCUACUCGAGGUGAGAACAUCAAUUACGUGAUCCCUGCCUUCCGGGUUCAGGCUCUCGUCAACCUGCACCUGAAGGAGCAGCAUGGAGCUCCUUGGCGUCGCUUGGGUUUUCGAACACCUGGACACGGCCUUACCGCAGUACAUCCGAACCAGGCCCUGUACAACUUUACUUCGGGCUGCGAGGAGGGUGUGUACAUCGGCCGCGUUCGGCAGGAUGGCUUCAUGAGCAAGGCACAGCCCGAAAUCCGGCCAGGCAGCAUGCUGGUAGCAGUCAACGGGAAGGCCCUGGAUGGGUUUGGCAAAGCCGACAUCAAGGAGCUCAUGUUGGGCAAGGAGCGCAGCAAGUGCAUGUCCCGCUCUGUAUUGUGCUCUUGUGCAUUGCUCGAAGCCGAUCAGGCUGCCUUGGACGACCUCUUCUUCAUCCAGCCAGACUUGGAAGCGGAGGCCGUCGCAUGUUUCAGCUUGUUGAUGGUUGUCGUCAAUCUCUCUACGAAGGUGUCUUUCGAGACUUGCUUCAGGGGCACGAAGCGUCUUCACAAGGCCGGCUUUCAGCGCUUGCCCUUAGACUAUUAG